AUGUGUGUCAUGAAAUACCCGGCACAUCGCGGCUGCAAGCAUCCCGACAAGAUCACCUUCGUAGGCCGCAACUGGACCGAGCUAAUCGAAAUCGAACUCUGCCGCGAUGCCGAGCUCGCCAGCAGACACGAGCUGGGGAGGGGUGGAAGAGUAAGGUGCGAGGACCCGGGCUGGCAGGCGGAGGUCGACCCCGACAUCGACGUCUGGUGCGUCGACUGUGAGAACGAGGACGACUACGAGUGGUCCGCCGAAAACAUGUGCGGACGGUUCGCGAACGAGCUCGAGAACUGGCGGGCUCAGGGCAUCCUGGACGAGCAGGAGUUGGGCGCGGUCCGGCGCGACAUCGACCGCGCGCUCCGCAGGCACCGGGACGAGGCCAACGGGCCGCGGGGGCCGUACAACAACUCGUACUACGUGCUCCAGGAAGCGCUGGAGACGUUCAUGGCGUACUGGGACCAGUACAUCACGGACAAGAGGGCGCGGAUGGAGGAGGAGGAGGCGUGGAGGCUGGCCCGCGUGGGAAACCGCGUGGACGAGGCCCUCGAGACGUCCGUGUUCCCUCCCGGCUAUCUCGCCCAGGCGGAGGAGGCUCGGGCCCGGGACGAGUCGCGUCAAUUCACGCGCCGUCGCAGGCCCGGCAGGCUGGCACAGUUCUUCGGUGGAGGGAGGAGCUCGAAGAGGUAA